CACAUGUGGUGCAUAGCUAGCCACUUCCCUCAUAUGUCAAAGCCACCACAAAGUCCAAAAGCCAAACAGCCCUUCCCCUACCCUCACGUAGAGUAACUUCAAGACCUAAAACCUCAAAUUUAGAUUGGAUUGCAUUGGUUUCAAUCCCAGAGCAUAGGAGAAGCGAAAAAUGGGGAUAGUAGAGACAGCCCACAACGUGAAGGUCCUGGGGUCGGGCAACCCACAGACGAUAGUCCUGGCCCACGGGUUCGGGACCGACCAGUCUGUGUGGAAGCACCUCGUCCCCCACCUCGUCGACCUAUACCGCGUCAUCCUCUACGACAACAUGGGUGCCGGCACCACCAAUCCUGAGUACUUCGACUUUGACCGGUACUCGACGCUAGAAGGGUAUGCGUAUGACCUGCUGGCAAUCCUGGAGGAGCUCCAGAUUCAGUCGUGCAUCUUCGUGGGACACUCCGUCUCGGCAAUGAUCGGAGCCAUAGCCUCCAUCACCAGGCCCGACUUGUUCACCAAGAUUGUCAUGCUCUCUGGCUCUCCGAGGUACUUGAACGACUUCGACUACUAUGGAGGGUUCGAGCAGGAGGACCUGGAGCAGCUGUUCGAAGCGAUGCGAGAGAACUACAAGGCGUGGUGCUCGGGGUUCGCGCCGCUGGCGGUGGGUGGGGACAUGGACUCGAUCGCGGUCCAGGAGUUCAGCAGGACACUUUUCAACAUGAGACCUGACAUAGCCUUGAGUGUAGGCCGGACCAUAUUCAACAGUGACAUGCGGUCCAUACUGGCAAUGGUCACUGUCCCGUGCCACGUCGUGCAGAGCAUGAAGGACCUAGCGGUGCCAGUGGCGGUGUCCGAGUACCUCCAUCAGCACCUGGGCGGCGAGUCCAUCGUCGAGGUCAUGUCCUCCGACGGCCACCUCCCGCAGCUCAGCUCCCCGGACAUCGUCAUCCCCGUGCUGCUCAGGCAUAUCCAAAGCGACAUUGCAGCUUGAUAGAGCUUCUUUGCCCACAUUACCGUUCCUUCUUCUUUUUUUUCCAUUAUUGUGGGGCCUGUUGAAUUGUCAAGAUGCUCAAUCAGGGUAGAGGGGCUUAUUAAAAGCUGUAGCUUUCAGUGUCUCUCUCUCUCUCUCUCUCUCUCUCUUCCAAUUUGGAUUUUUUUUUUUUAGUGAUUUUUGUGUUAUUAAACUUGACCAUGAGGGGGGGGGGGGGGGGGGGGGGGGGGGGGGGCGUUUCAUGCAUUGCGUUGCUCUGAGAUAACUGAGGUUGGGGCAAUAUAAGAAAGAACUGAUGAUGAUGAUGAUGAUGCAGAAGAAGGGGACAAUGGGAAUCCGAUGAUUCAGACAGGUUAGUUGGGCGAUCCAGAGGAAGAUGUGACCCAAGUUGUCGAAAUCUGUUGUCUAAGGGGCAAUUCAAGAUUCUUCAAUUAAAAUAUAUCUAAUGAUCAACGGCAUCCUGAAUUGUCCCAUCCUUUGUAUAUACAUGUUUGUUUUGUAA